AACCUCAAGACUGACCCUGUAUUUGACGCAUUGGAUAAGAUAUUCCGCCGCUACAAUAAGGCAGGCUUUCAAGUCAAGACGAUCAAGUGUGAUCGGGCGUUCAUCCCUCUGACGGAUGAUAUGCUAGAUGAUAUGGAUGUUACUAUUGACCUGACUGCAGCUGGAGACCACGAGCAUACAGCUGAGCGAAACAAUAGGACGCUGAAAGAAAGAGUUAGAAAAGACAGUAUUUCCUCACAUUUCAGUCCGCAGCAACUCAUUGAUAAUGUCAAUAUCAACUACAAGAGUGACAUGGUUGCUGAGCUUGGACAGUAUGUUCAUGCCAUUGGGUCGGAUUCCAACAAUUUGAUGGAACCACAAAGUAUUGAAGCGAUCUACAUUGAACCUACAAAGGGACAAGUAAUCCAGCGUGCUGAAGCUUGGGCUGCUGCCGAAGGUGUUACUUCCAUGAAGUUCUUCAAUAAGAAGAGAGAUUUGGAGACAUUUCAAGAUGGCAAUCAAAUUGCAGGAGUGGAUGACACGGAACAAGGUUACUUAGAGGAAGCCUUCAAUCAGGACUAUGAACCUGAAGAUGAAGAUGAACGUGAUUUCAACCUACGUGGACAAUUCGAUGAUAUCGAUGACUCCAAAAGAAAUGAGCUCUUGGCAGAUGCAGACAAUGAUGUCAAUGAUAUGCCGGAACUCACUGUCAGAUUCCAAGGGGAUGAUGACUAUGAAUCAGAUGACGACGAUUCGGGUGAUGAAGGCGAUGAAGAGGAAGAACCUAUUGUGGCCGAUUUGGAUCACCAUCAAGA